AUGGCAGCCAAAAGCGCCACGAAGCUGCUUACCAAAGCACUGAGACCCCCAAAUACAGUGCUGCCAAGGGUACAGCAUACCAGUGGUCAGCGCCUAUUAUCCACCACUCCUGUCCAGAAUCAGGUCAAGACGCUGCUUCAGGACAAGGAAAAUGGAUUUGGGUUCAUCCGACACAAUCCGCGGACGCCAAAGCCUCGCAACAGAGGAGUGACGGAGAUCCGUGGACCAUAUUACUCAGCUUACGGAAAGCGGCAUCUUCAAGAUGUACUAGAGACCAUGGGGUACCACGUGGACGGGCUCAAAUUCGCCGGAGGUAGCUUUGCACUGAUGCCCGAGGGCGCGGUCAGAGAACUUGUCGACCUGGCUCAUCAGCACGACGUCUAUGUCAGCACCGGCGGGUGGAUGGAGCAUGUGCUAACUCAGCCGGAUGCUAACACCGUGGUGGAAAAGUACUUGCGGAAAUGCAAGGACAUCGGUUUCGAUGUCGUUGAAUUGUCGGCCGGAUUCUUGUCGUUCCCACCAGACGACUGGCUUCGUCUGGUAGACAAGGUGCACAGCAUGGGACUUAAGGCGAAACCAGAGCUCGGGAUUCAAUUCGGUGCAGGCGGUGACACGGCGGCGGAAGAUCUGGAAGCCGCUGGCACCUCGGAUCCCAGCAAGGUGGUCAAUUUGGGCAAGAAGUUUAUCGAAGCCGGAGUGGAAAGGAUGAUGAUCGAGAGUGAGGGGAUCACGGAAAACGUCAAGACCUGGCGAACGGAUGUGAUUCAGGCCAUUCUGCGGGAUCUGCCUUUGGAAAAGGUCAUGUUCGAGGCUGCAGAUCCCCCGGUGUUCAAUUGGUAUAUUCGAGAGUUUGGCAUUGAUGUCAACCUCUUCGUCGAUCACUCGCAGAUUGUCCAGUUGACCUGUCUGCGGAGUGGUACCUGGGGCAUGGCGGACACGUUUGGCAAGGUCGUGAGCUACCGGGACGAGUAG